CGGAAGUAGGUACGUGGCCGCUUCAGCUGACAGUCUACAUGAUGGCGACAGAGGUUCAGAGCGGCGACCUCAACAGCGCUACGUCCAGCCGGCUCGAAGUUUCCAUCGAUGGCCUCACCCUCAGUCCAGACCCGGAGGGCGAGGAGAGCCAGGUCCAGGAGCCGAACCCCGUCCCGUCGGAAUCAGAGACCGAUACGCCGGGUGCCGAUGGGGGCGAAGAUGGAGAGAAAUCUGCCAUGGAAAGGAAAUGGGGCUUUCCUUUACAGGAGCUGUACGGAAUGGCUCUUAAAUUUUUUAAAGAUAAAGACGGCAAAGCCUUCCACCCAACUUAUGAAGAGAAACUCCGACUGGUGGCCCUCCACAAACAAGUCCUACUGGGCCCUUAUAAUCCCGAUGCUUCACCAGAAGUCGGCUUCUUCGAUGUCUUGGGAAAUGACCGCAGGAAAGAGUGGGCUUCCCUAGGAAGCAUGGAGAAAGAAGAGGCUAUGGUGGAGUUUGUCAAGUUACUAAACCAGUGCUGUAACCUGUUCGCUCCUUAUGUCAUAUCACACAAGAUCGAGAGGGAAGAGCAAGAGAGGAAAAGGAAAGAAGAGGAGGAGCGAUUAAGGUUAGAGGAGGAGGAGAGGGAGCGACAAAGGCAGGAAGAAGAGAGACGGAGACUUGAAGAGGAGGAAAGGCUGAGACGAGAGGAGGAGGAGAGGAGACUAGCAGAGGAGGAGAGGCUGCGGAUCGAGCAGCAGAAACAACAGAUCAUGGCGGCGCUGAAUGCUCAGACAGCAGUGCAGUUCCAGCAGUACGCUGCACAGCAGUACCCCAAUAGCCCGGAGCAACAGCUGAGCCUUAUCCGGCAGCUUCAGGAGCAGCACUACCAGCAGUACAUGCAGCAGCUUUACCAGGUCCAGCUGGCCCAGCAGCAGGCGGCCUUACAGAAGCAGCAUCAGGCCGAUUCAGGGAUGCAGGUGGAUUCUAACGGCCGGGAGCCUUUUUCUGCCUCAGCAGCUGGACACCUGAGUUCUGCUUCACCACUCAACAGCGAGGAAGCUCCCACGGUCAACGGAGGUCAGUCAGACUCCUACUCGGAGAGCAUGGAUCGGGAGCCUGAGCCGGCAGAGGAGGUCUCAGAAAACGGGCCUUUAUUAGACUCCCCACCAGUUAUAGCGGCUCCUUCGAUGUGGACACGGCCACAGAUCAAGGACUUCAAGGAGAAGAUCCGCCAGGAUCCCGACAGCGUGAUCACGGUGGGGCGUGGCGAGGUGGUCACAGUGCGCGUUCCCACCCAUGAAGAAGGAUCUUACCUGUUCUGGGAGUUUGCCACAGACUAUUACGACAUCGGCUUUGGGGUGUUCUUUGAGUGGACAGAUACUGCUUCUGCUUCAGUCAGCGUGCAUGUGUCAGAGUCCAGUGAAGAAGAUGAGGAGGAAGAAGGAGAUCCCUCCAACGAAGAGGAGAAGGCAAAGAAGGAGUCAGGGAAGCCCCACGUGGAUGAGAUUGUGCCGGUUUACCGGCGGGACUGUCACGAAGAGGUUUACGCCGGCAGCCACCAGUACCCCGGCCGCGGAGUCUACCUACUCAAGUUUGACAACUCGUAUUCGCUCUGGCGCUCCAAGAGUGUUUACUACAGAGUCUACUACACCAGAUAAGCCUGAAAAAAGAUACGGGAGGGCCAAGAGAGAUGUGUGUGUGUGUUCGCGCGCGCGCGUGUGUGUGUGUGUGUGUGUGUGUGAAGGGAGAAUUGAUUCAUUAUGGACAUCAACCACAAGUGGGGACACAUCUGGAGCCCCUUUAUGAAGAUUGGAUUACUAUUUGAGGCGUGUGUGUGUGUGCAUGUGUGUCUACAAACAUCUUUAAACCCCCGAGAGAAGAGUGUGUAUUGCUGUCCUAAAGUCACUACCUGUCCUUCCUGCACACACACACACACACCAAGCUGUACGAUUGUCCUUAACUUGCAUUUGACUACUCAACACCCCCCCCCGGGCUCCUCUUCUGGACCAGGCUUGGCCCGGCCCAGUCCAACAAGGCUUCGUGGCUGCUUGUGCCCUGACUGAUUCUCACAACCAACUGGCUGGAAACUUGGGAAUGUCCGACACUGUGAGCCACCGAAGCAGUGGUUGUUCGUCCUGUAAGAACACAGAAAGUGUAGGAAAUGAAGUGAUGCUGCAGAUGUGCUUCAUAACACUACGCCUUUCACACACGCCCGCUUGGUCUUUGCUUUAUUCUGAAACAUCUGUCCACUCAAGCAUUCUGUAUUUUUGUGGUGAGUCGUUUGUGUGUUCUGUUCUUUAAACGACAUGCUCGCAUAAAGAUGUGAGGAGAAACUGGUCUGUUUGGGCUUUCCUGCACAUAAAUAUUCACCUUUAUGAGUUAAAUCUGACCUGACAGGCAGCAGAAGUUGGAAAAAGCUCUGCAAGUUUUUAUGAAGUACAGUCUAGAAGUCAUUUAUUGACUCGGUCAGCUGCGCGUGUUCUUUUAAACGUCAGUUCUCCACACAAAAAUGACUCUUGGAGGGAUUUAGGUUAUCUGAUGUAUCUGUGGGGUUCUGGCAUGCUAGUGACACUCGCCAAUAGAUUUUUGUGGGUCAUGACUCACUGUUACGUUUGUGCAUUGUUCUGGAAUCCAUAAAACGAAUCACUGUUCCAUUUCUUUUAUUUUUUUGGUUCUUCCUGCCAUGAUUUGCCUCAUGUUCUCAGUCAUCAUCUGUUAUUGUGAGUGAACUGGCCUUUUCCUGAUCCAGACGCCAUCGCCAUUUGUCUCAUUUGUGCAUCUCGUGUGUUACCUGUUCUGCGUGAACCGAUUUCUAAACGAUUUGGGGGGGAGGGGAGAAAUUGUUUCUUUCGUCUCUUAAUAAAAUCUAGCUUUUUUUUUGUAUACAUGUAGUAUAAUUCCUACACACCUGGUUCUGAUUUGGGAUUAUUUUCAACAUCUAUCUUAAUAACCCACUUCCAUUACCUUCCUACUCCACAGUCGUGGUUUCUGUUUCUGUUCAUGAAUUGGUUUGAUUCGUUCAAGCCUUGUAUGUAAAUAUUCUAUAAACAGGUUUAUGUACAGGGGUUUUCAGGUAUGGAAGAAGGCUGUGGUUCUGCAAAUUAACUUGCACUGUAUUAUAAGGUGAAAGAGUUUUGUUUUACCCCGUGACUCAUUAAAGGUAUGAAACCGUAAGACCUGAUUGGUAUGACACUUUUUUUUUGUAUUUUUGAUUAUUUCAGAACUUGUAAAUUGCAAAAAUCUUUUUGGGCGUAUAUUUAAUCUUGAUUAAACGUUUCUUCCUCUCUGGA